GCAUGUGGUUUGUGGGAGGGUGUGAGAGAUAAACUAAAGCAGAAAGGGCUCAGCUCACUGCAGUGUGUGUGUUCUGUCUGCUCAGAUGGAGCUCGUGCACAUUGUGGCGUUGCUGUUCUUCACUCAGUGCAGAGUUUGUUCAGCCAGCAGCUCUUCUACAGCCGUCACGUGUCUGCUGUCCGAGAAUAUCAGACCUUCAGAAUGGUAUGAGAACCAUAAAUGGAACCCUUCACCCAUACAUCAGCUGACUGCACACCUAAACGAAUCUCAAAACUCAGUCAUCAUAAGAUGGGCCAUUAGUAUAGACAGCAGCAUUCGUAAUCUUACUGGCACAUGGAUUACUUUUUACAAAAGUAAGCCCCAAAGGUAUAGAUGUGAAUAUGAGCCUCCGUUUACAUCAGAGCUAACCAAGCUCAGCGGCAUACAGCAGCUAUGGUUCAGCUUCACGGUGUCCAAUGUUUGUCCUCUCCUUAAAUAUUACAUCGAUGCAUAUAAUCUCCCCACACCAUCGCCAGGAACAGGAGACACUUAUAUAAAGAUGGCUAAUACAGCUAUACUUCAGUGGAACGCUCAGAUUUCUGCAGUCCAUGAUGGAGAAAAAGUAGUGGUGAUAUUUACCGUGAGCUCAGUGGCGGAUAAAUACAUCAUCACACUGAACGACGACACACAAUCACUCAACACGACUGAGGAAAGACGGGAAUGCAGAUCUCAGGCCUGUAAAGUUGAACUGGAUUACACGGGUCCAUGUGAGGAAGACCUUCUGAUAAUAAUAACAGCACACUUUAAAAACUGUGACAGGGAAAGCGGUGCUUCGGCUGAGAGUACAGUGGACUGUAAAAUUUCAGACGGAUCUGUUUUGCUUAUCGGUGUCGGAUGUGUGCUGACGCUGAUUUUCAUUCUCCUCUGCUGCUGCAUCUUCUGUCUGCUGCAGCGGUGUGUUGUGAUGUCGAAGCGCAGUGUGUCGGUGCGGGUCCUGCUCGUGUAUCCUGCAGUGGACGCCGUGUUUCAGCGCUCAGUGAUGCGGCUGGCCGAACUCCUGCAGAGCCGCGGCGGUGUGUGUGUGUUCGUGGACGUGUGGGACAGCAGGAGCGUCGCGGAGCAAGGGCCGCUGCGCUGGAUCAACACACACACCGAGUUGGCGGACAGAGUGCUCAUCGUAUCGCCGCCUACACGCAACCACGAUGCUCUUAAACCAGACGUUGUUUCUGGCAUGACGGAUCACAGCGUUUCAGCUUCUGCCAGCAAUCUGUUCACGCUGGCUCUAAACCUGGUCAGCAGUGCUGCUCAUGACCCCCAGGGCCGGGACAAGUUCUGGGUCAUCAGCUUGGGGCAGGAGGAGAAGAGCAUUCAGGCUGAACUCAGAGGAUUGAGGGUGUUUAAUCUGCCCAGAGACCAGGAGAAGCUCCAUCAGCAGCUCACUGCUGGAGAAAAGAGCAUCAACACGUGCUGCAGCACUUUCUACGUCAAAAACGCUCUGGGGAAGAUGGAGAUCAACACUUCUCGAGCUGUGUGAAAGCCAGUAUAGAUGAUUUUAAUGUGGUGAUGUCAUUGGUCCAUAAACAUUUCCUGCUUGUUGUCAAACUGUUAAUAACUGUAACAAGAGGCGAAUCAAUCAUAUCUCAGCGUUAAAACAGCUGGCGUAACAUUAUUAAUCAAUAUGUGGACCUUUUAGGAAUCUCGGGAGCUAUGAAAACACACACAUGUAAUACGUUAGGACCAUUGUUAUCAUUUACAUCCCUCAAAAUGGUCUACAGACCCCAAUCCUGAUCGUUCGCUUGUCCAUUUUUUUUUUUUUUUUUUGGAAAUAGCCUUCAUUUACAGCUCCUAUAGUUAAAUUGAUGGGUUUUUCUUUUUUAUUUUAAUCCAUUCAGCUGAUCUCCAGGUCUGGCGGAAACACUUUUAGCUUAGCUUAGCAUAGAUCAUUGAAUCGGAUUAGACCAUUAGCAUCCCGCUCAAAAAUGAUAAUUGUUCCUAUUUAAAGCUCGACUCCUCUGACUGAAAAAUGGGAAAAUUUUGUUGCCAUACCAAGCGAUAGUACGCAGAGCUUGAAAUUCAGCUAGCUAUGCAACAUCCCAAUAUUCGCAGAAUAAAUUAAGCAUACAAAAUAUAACACCUUGUAAAACAGCUUUUAAGACAAGGGCCUUACAUUUCUCUGAAUUGAUUUAUGACCAGACAGCACAGUGGCUCAGUGGUUAGCACUGUGGCCUCACAGCAAGAAGAUGGCUGGUUCGAGUCCCGGUUGGAUAAGUUGGCGUUUCUGAGUUUGCAUGUUCUCCCUGUGUUGGCGUGGGAGUUAUUUCCUCCGGGUGCUCUGGUUUCCCCCACAAUCAAAACACAUGCGCUAAAUUGGUGAACUAAAUUUUAUAAUAGUGUACGAGUGUGUAUGGGUGUUUCCCAGUACUGGGUUGCAGCUGGAAGGGCAUCUGCUGCGUAGUACAUAUGCUGGAAUAGUUGGUGGUUUAGGGACUAAGCUGAAGGAAAAUUAAUAAAGGACCCGCUCCUUAAAAUUAGGCCAGAAAUUGGGUCAGAAUGAGGGUUGACAUACACUUUUCUGCAUACAUGUUUGUGUAUAUGUACUGUACAUGUAUAUCAUUCCAUGUCAUGACCCCUUUAACCGAUUUGGUAUUUCCCAGAAUGUUCCAGUGAACAUGAUGUGGUUGAAACUGCAGCUCUCAGCAUGUGGUUAGAGAUGCAGAUUCUUGUUAAUGUGAGAUUAUGAGCACUAAACAAAAGCAGCCAUUCAUUCUGCUCACCACAUCCCAUAAUGAUUGCUAUAAAAAUAAUAAUAAAAUUAAAUCAAGGAAUGAGAACCACAACAUUACAAACAAAUAUUUGAAAAUCAGGCAAAAAGGGAAACAUACAUGAGGGAUUUAAUGAGAGACAGAAGUAAAACUCAAUAGUGUAUUGAAAAUAAUCACUAAAAAGGAGGGAGAAUUAUUCAAUCUAUUUAAAUUUGUUAAAAUUUCGAUAAAAAAAAAAAAAUAAUAAAUUUUUCAAAGUUAUAGCUAAAUCUCCAUAUGCAUGUCUAAAUAUUUCUGUAUUUACUAUUUCAGUAUUAAAUAGUAUAGCUUUUCUGGAGUGGGCGGAGCUAAAGAGUUCAUGAUUCGCUCACUGUGAUUGGUGGAUUGUUCUCCACAGCAUCAUGGGUAAUGUAGUUUUUCAGCAUGAACUGAAGAGUAAGAACAGCAUUUAUUUGUAACCAUCUCUUAGAGAAGUGUUUCUCAACCACGUUCCUGGAGGAGCACCAGCACUGCAUGUUUUGAUGUCUCCUUUGUCACCCAUUACAGGCCUUUUCAGUCACUGCUAAUGAGCUGAUGAUCUGAAUCAGCUGUGUUUGGUUAAGGAGACAUGGAAAAUGUGCAGAGCUGGUGCUCCCCCAGGAACAUGGUUGAGAAACACUGUCUUAGAGCUUUGUUUUCAUGUGUAUUAUAUUCAAUAUGCUGUUAAUGUCUAUUGAUGACUUUAAUUUAGAAGUUAUAUGCUAUAUUUUGUAUCAUUGUGAGAUUAUGUAUAUACAGUAUAAUAAUCGAAUGGUAGUUACGAUCCUGAACUGCUUAGGGUUAAGGUUAGGGCUCUGUCAAAGACAAUCAGGGACAAAAACCUGCGUGAAAUAUGAUAUAACAACAGUUUGAGCAUGUUGAAGGGAAUUUUUUAUGGUUUUUCUCUGGUUUCUUUCAAUUUCUAGUUGAAUGAAAAUAUAUAUAUAUAUUAUGUAAUGAUAAAACUUUAAU